AUGUCACGAUCUAAGUGGGGUUGUUGUUUACCGCAAAAGGAUAACGACGAUGACUUUAUAAUAUGUUCAAAGUGUAAAAAACAUUAUCAUAUGGCAUGCGUGUCCCUUGAUAUAACUUUGUUCGGCACCGAAAUGCGUACUGGGUGGACCUGCCCUGAAUGUAGUCGUAACAUCUCUAAAUCUGUAAAAAAGGACAACACACCUGUUCGCAACGUAUCGAAUGUAAGAGGAAGUAAAAGACCUGCACUACAUUCUCCACCCACCCAGGAGACCAGUAGCAUUUCUCGAGAUGACUUACGCGAGGCAAUAGAAGAAAUUAUGGAUAAGAAAAUAGAGGAAUUUUUUUCGAGGAUGGAAGAUAGAAUCAGCAUGAUUAUCGAUAGUAAAAUGAAACCGUUAGAAGAAGAUAUUACUGAAAUUAAAAAGUUUUUAAACUUCGCUGACGAGAAAUAUGAAGAAAUGAAAAAAGGGGGUCGAGGUCUUUAA